AUGAAAAAUAUGGCGGCGCUCAUCAGGCAUGCCUCUUAUGGGAUUUCAUUCAAAAGUACAUCCGCUUUAUUUGCGUUCUCUACGACAAGGAAUGCGCGUCGCGACAGUGCGCGGUUCGCGAGCAAGCUAAGUAGUCCUGCCAAAAAUGUCUUCAAGCAGAAUCCGAAGUUGGAAGCUACUAAGAAGUCUCUUUCCGCGAAAGGAUUUCUUCGAUCAAUAAAGCCAUACGAUCCACCUACCGACGUAAACGAACGAAUUGACAAAAUCUGUACGAGCCAAGAAAUUUCAACGAAUGACACGACGAAGCUCGAGGGUGGUCUUUUGCGCUUUCAAAUUUUCGCAGCCUGUGCAGAAGAGUUUGGACAUUCUGUGCCAAAUUCAUUGCUUUGCAUCAUCGAAACGGUCGGGGACCUAAAAGAAUUUUAUCGUAAUGCGGUGGAUGUUGCCACGCCGCUAGAUACAUUGCGAAGAAUGCAGCUUCCAAAGAACUUGCACGUACAAUACGAAUAUCAUCGUUUCCAUCCAGAUACAGACACGAUGUUUGAUGGCAAGACAGCUUUUCCGCUCAGCUCGAAUAUCGUCACUGGUUUGAAAUAUAAGAAGAAAUACAAAGGUUUUAAGCUGGAAGAUCCGUUUUAUGAAGAAUAUAGACGGCUCAAAUAAAAUCUUCAUUUGAGAUUUGAAACAACAUUCGCGUUAUUUAUUUACUAUAUUACCUUCUUAUCCAAUUAGUCAUUGGAUUACUUUUAAUAUCAACUAAUAUAAAAUAUAAGAAUAUUCUCAAGAGAAAAAUAAAGUAAUUGUUCAGCUUACAUUACUGUAUUAUUGUGAGAUUGAAUAAAACGUUAUGUAAAAUGA